AAAGUAUUCAAACAUUAACAAUUUCAUUGUGAAAACGAGCGUCACAAGUGUCAAGUAAGACAAAUAAAAAUAGGAUGCAUGUUUUAUAACCCGGGGUAGCACGUGAUUUAGCAGGGUGUUCUUUGGUGUUUGGAAAGGGUAAACUCCGCCUUAUCGGACAGCUCUGUGAAGCAAAGCGAGCGGACACCGCGCGGCCAACCUGAACUGUCAACUGUAGCAGGAGUCCUCUGCCGAGUACCAACCAGCUCGACAGAGACACCCGGAAGGCACGAAGUCAAUUUGAGAGGGCAGCAUGAAUCGCUUUAAGACCUCGAAAUUCAAAAACACCACUCCGAAAAUUGCCAAGAAAGACGGAUGGAUCAACAAUGUCCGAGCCGGUUCUUUCUCCUGCCAGGGGAAUCACAUCAAAGCGAGCUCCAAGCUGGUGGCCUUUAAUACCGAGCAGGCUGGUGGAGGUAUGCUGGGCCUGUCCUCAGUCAAACCAGGUUCAGAUGGCCAAUGGACAGUCACCCAGAUUUCCUGCCAUUCUGAUCUGGUGACUGAUAUGGACUUUUCUCCUUUUGAUGAAAGUCUCCUGGCAACAUGCUCUGGAGAUGAAAUGGUGAAGCUGUGGCGUUUGUGUGAUCCAGAGCUGCCGCAGCCCAGCAGUGCGGAGCUGACCCUGUGUCCACGUCAAGGCAGGCUGGAGCUGGUGCUUUUCCACCCCACCUCCUCAGGCUUGCUGGCUGUCAGCACCACCAAGUCCCCCCUGAUUUGGGACACCAGCCGCCAGGAAGCCCCACUAGCAGUUCUGGAGCAGCACAGUGACCAGCUACAGAGUUUGAGCUGGAAACGAGACGGUUCCCUGCUGGCCUCCUCCUGCAAGGACAAGAUGCUGCGAGUGUUUGACCCCAGAGCCCAGUUGACACCUGUUCAGAGUGCCAAGAGCCUUCAGAGCAACAAGGAUUCACGCAUCCUGUGGGCCAAAGACGACCUUUUACUCACCACCGGCUUUGAUACGAUGCGUGGUCGGGAGGUGAGGCUUUGGGACAGCAGGAAGCUGAGCUCUUCGGUCAGCUCGGUGUCACUCGGCACUUCCAACAAGAUGCUGAUCCCUCUAUUUGAUGAUGACACUGGUCUGCUCACACUGGCUGGCAUGGGAGACACUGUGGUUGAUUGCUUUGAAGUGUCUGCCUCUGAGCCGUUCCUCUCUCAAGUGAGCCACUGUCUGACGGACACCUCAACACGAGGAGUUGCCAUGGUUCCCAAGCUGGCAUUGGAUAUCAUGUCCUGCGAAGUGAUUCGUGUGCUUCAGCUGACGGACAGCUGCAUUGUGCCAAUCAGCUAUCAAGUCCCUCGCAAGCAUUCAGGCCAGGAGUUUCAUGAAGAUCUUUACCCAGAUACAGUGGGCACAACUCCAGCCAUGUCUGCUGAGGAGUGGUGGCAGGGAGGGAACAAGCAGGUAAAAGGAUCUCCACUCUCAACAAGUUUAUCUGGUCUUCACACUGCACGGAUGCCUCAAACAAUUACAUCUGUUUGUCCUCAGGUGGAGAAAGUCAGCCUCCACCCAGACAAACAGCCCAAAGCAAAAGCUCCACCAGCAAAAGAGAUGCCUGCAAAGAAGGAGCAGGCCAGUGGGGGGAGCAAGGAGGAUCCAGCACGUGGCUGCUCCACCUCCAGUAGUCCUCUGAGCACUCCCAGCAGCAGCGCUGCCCCGUCCCGCUCUCCCUCCUCCACCUCUGGCCUCUCCUCAGGCUUCCUCCCCAGCCCUAGUCCCAGCCAGAGCGCCAAGACCAUCCAGAGCCUGCUGGGGCCAACCUCUAAGUUCCGUCACAUCCAGGGUGCAGUGAUGCACCGGGACACGCACAUCACCAACCUGCAUGGCCUCAAUCUGACUACACCAGGCGAGUCUGACGGCUUCUGUGUCAACCGCCAACGUGUGGCAGUGCCCCUCGCCAUUUCCGGGGGCCAGAUAGCCAUCUUUGAGCGCUCUCAGCCUGGCAGGCUGCCAGACACAGCCCUGCCCACCAUUCAGAACUCUGUAAAUGUGGUCGACUUCUCCUGGGACCCCUUUGACACACACAGGCUUGCUGUGGCUGGUGAUGAUGCAAAGAUCCGGGUGUGGCAGGUACCAGAGGGUGGACUGAAAGAGACCCUGACUGAGCCUGAGCUCAUCUUGCAAGGCCACACAGAGAAGAUUUACUCCAUCAAGUUCCACCCUCUGGCCAGCGGACUCCUGGUGUCUUCAUCCUACGAUCUCACAGUCAGACUGUGGAACCUGGAGGCCGGAGAGCAGGUCAAACUGCUCACCGGACACCAGGACCAGGUCUUUGGCAUGGCGUGGAGUCCAGAUGGCAAGCUCCUGGCCACAGUGUGCAAAGAUGGGAAAGUUCGCAUCUAUGACCCCCGCAAGUCCACUGCACCCGUGCAGGAGGGCCCAGGUCCUGAGGGCCACAGGGGAGCUCGCGUGGUUUGGGUGUGUGAGGGCAAGUACCUGUUGGUGUCAGGAUUUGACAGUCGCAGUGAGAGAGGACUCUACAUAUACCCUGCUGACUCCCUGUCCUCUGGAGCCAUAGCCAGCACUCAUGUAGACGUCUCCCCCUCUACACUUAUCCCGUUUUACGACCCCGACACCAGCGUGGUCAUCCUCACUGGAAAAGGUGAUACCAGAGUGCACAUUUAUGAGAUGGUCCCUGAAGAUCCGUACUUUAUUGAGUGCAGCAGUUUUAACUCUCCUGAGCCACAUAAGGGCUUGGCCUUUCUGCCCAAGACAGAGUGCAAUGUGCGUGAUGUGGAGGUAGCUGUAGGACUAAUGCUCACCAAGACAAGCAUAGAGCCAGUGGCCUUCAAAGUGCCACGGGUCAAGAAAGAGUUUUUUCAGGACGACGUGUUCACAGACACAGCGGUCUGUUGGGAACCGGCACUGACUGCCUCUGCCUGGCUGUCUGGCUCCAACGGCCAGCACAAAAAGAUCAGCCUAAAGCCUAAAGACAUGACGCCAGUGAGUGAGGCCCCCAAAGACGCUCCAGUUAGGAAAUACCUGCCCUCGUCUGUUUACCUGGAGGAGAAGACUGAUGAACAGAAGAAAGAUGAGCUGCUCAGUGCCAUGGUGGCUAAGUUGGGGAACAUGGACGAACCGCUGCCACAGGAGUCCUUCGAGGGGGUUGACGAAGACGAGUGGGACGACUAGAGAGGACGUCAUCUCAAUCAUGGUGCCAACAGGAAAGAGGAGAGAGCAGAUCAAAUGUCAAGCAACGUUCCCAUUUGUGUGUGUGAUGGUGCCACCCACACAACCUCUGAGCUUAAUCAGCUAACAUCUCAGCCUACUGCACACACAACGAAUACUGUACAAUGUGAAAGUAUAAAUGCUUUGCUUAAAUGAUCCCCUUGUGAUAUCAGUAUGUAUCACAUUAUCUGUUAAGCUUUGGAAAACCAAAUGUCAUGUUGUCUAGUUGGUGUUCAUCAUAUCAGACUGCAUGAAAUUUGAUUGGAAAUUAUUUUCAGCUGUAAUUCUGAAAUAUUUCAGAAAUAAUUCUGGGAUAAAUCUGACAUAGGAAUUACUUUGUUAUGUUAAUGUACACUGCAAAAAUUAUGUCACACUAUUUGUGAUUUUUCUGGGAAAAAAUCCCAUUUUACAAGAUGAUACAACAGUAAAUGUCAGAAUAUAAAUACAGACACCUCAAACAUAUUUCUGGUAAACCACCAUUUUAAGUCAGUGCAAGGUGAAUUAAACAGCAGGCAAUCAUAGCAAUAAUACUUCUGCUUUAUGUAACAUUACCAGUUACACUGACAAACAACUUUCUUAAAAAACGGCUUCUCUUUUUGUCUGUAGUAUGUGGCCAUGGUUUAAACAUGAUAAUACACUCUGAUAGGUGUCCUGAUAUAUAUGAAAAAAAAUAAUGGCCUCCUCUUGUGCCCAUUCUGUUAUUUUCUGAUCUCAAAAUACCAGGUUGUGUACCAUUGCAUACAAAGUUGUUAUCUGUGUGCACAUUUACCUCCACAGUGGACCACUGCUUGCUUUCUCUGCUGGCCAGUCAUGAGUACGCUCAGUCACAAUGUGUCUUUAAAAGAAGUAAUGUUGCAGAAAAUAUUGUUAAUGAUCUUAUUGAAUAAGUGAACAUCAUGCGUCUGAUUAAAAAAAAACAAACCCUUGUCUUCCUGUUUGGUCAGGUAAAACACACACAUGAUUACUGUAAGAUGCUCAAGACUUCAGCAGCAAAACCUCACUGAGGAUACAACAGGGUCACCAGUGUUCAUGUUUGGCCAUGAACUGGAAUUUCUAAUGACAACAUUAAGUUCACUUUUCUUUGUUUGCCAAUGAUAGAAUAAAAUGCCAUUUUAACAUUUGAUAAUGUAUUUGUAGAAGUUAGAUUUGAUUGAAUGUUUUGCCAUCCAGUGGUCAUAUAAUAGUCUUAUAAGUAGGAGUUAAAAGAUCAGUGAAACUGAGAUGCUAUUAUGCAUUGAAAGCCAAACCAGAGGGGCCUUUGUAUACUCUGAGAUAAUUGUUUCCUUUAUUUCUUUUCUCAUUUGCUGGGCAGUUGAACUUUUAAACAUGAUCUUUGUUGGUUUUCAGACUGUUUGGGGAUAUUCCCCACUUAAACAAGCAAAUAUUCUUAUUUAAUGUUUACUAGUAGUAAGUAAUCAUUGUGUUCAUCAGACAAUAACAGUACAGUAUUAAUAACUUUUAAUGCAGCCAUAACAGCCAUCAUGUAAUUUCCAAUCAGGGCUUCAGCAAUAUCCUCAAUAAUCCAGGCGUGAACCCACCGAGUUUGUUUACAGCAACCUCUGAUGGACUGAAAUGAACCAUCCAUUCAGCCAUGCAUGGUCGUGCACAUCAUGUUGUACACAUGAACUGCAGGUGUCGUCAGUGUUUGUGUGAUGUAGGGAUGAUUUAUACCGUAUGUGCUUGUGAUUCUCAAAUGCCAUAUUUUGGAAUGCUUGUAUUGGAUUAACUUGCCUUCCAUUGUGUUAAAAAAAGAUCUUCCCUUUUUAUACAGUGAGUAAAGCAUUGUUGUUUUUUCUGUCUUACCUGAGUAAUGGUUUGUGGAUUUUUUUCAAUAUUGUCUUGCAAUAAACACCUUUUGAACCCA